UCUUUACUACAUGUACUUCAAUCUGCAAUGAUAGAACAGUUAAAAUGUCUUGGUUUGAAAACUGGCUUCAAACCCCUAGCGCAUUGACUCAUUGAACGCGUGUUUCCUGUGGUACUCAUCGAAGUCUUUCUCCACAGGCUCCUGCUACCAGCUUCGAGAGGCCAUGGUAACCCACAGCAAGUUUGACAACGCAAUGAGCAGCAGCCUUUUUGACGCAAGCAUGCGGCUGCCGACUCACCGUUACAAAACCUUCAGCUCCAGGCUGCAAUACCAGAUGGUGCAACACGCCAUCCGAAUGCUCCAGGAGAGCGGCUUCUACUGGGGGUCCAUCAGCGGAAAAGAGGCCAACCACCUGUUGAACUCGGAGACUAGCGGGACCUUUCUGGUCAGGGACAGUUCGGACAACCGGCACUUCUUCACGCUUAGCGUAAAGACCGAGUCGGGCACCAAGAACUUGCGGGUUCAGUGCGACAGCAAGUCCUUUUUCCUGCAGACGGACUCCAAGAGCACGCAGUCCGUGCCACGCUUCGACUGCGUGCUGAAGCUCGUCCAUCACUACAUGCCCUCGCCCAGAAGCGCCCUGUCCAUUGGGAACUCAAGAAGCGCGUACUACAUCUACACCGGGGGCGAGAAAAUCCCUCUGGAGCUUUUAAGACCCCUACCUUGCAUAAUGUCCUCCCUGCAACACCUAUGCAGGAAGACUGUGAAUGGACAUAUAGACGUUUCUGACAAGAAAGAGCAGCUGCCGCAACAGCUCAAAGACUUCCUACAAGAGUACGAUGCUCCCAUUUAAACAACUGCUAGCCAAUGGAGAUGCACUGAUCUGUGAGCUACGUCGAAGGAAGAAACGGGGAGCGAUGAAGCUAGUCAAGGCCCCAAAGGUCCUCGGAGGCUUGAUGGGCCAAAGAAGUAUUGAACUGUCCAUGAGUACAUGGAGUUGGCGGGUACUAUCACUGAUGGAUUCUCACGUGACUAAUCUCCAAGCCUCGUUCUUGCCAGUGAAUGGACAUUUGUACUGUCCCUUCGCUUGUACAAGUGCCAGUAUCUGUGGGCACCAAUCACUGCCUCUGCACUGCCCCGAAUCUGCAGGGAGACAGCAAGCCAUUUAACCCAAACCAGCCGCCACCGCCUUCUUCCAAGUAAAUAUUUGUGCAUUUCAA